CACGACAAAAAAUGUUGGCGAUCCAACUUUGGCAACACGUGACAAUGGAUUUUGUCACCGGCCUGUCGGCCGGACCAAGUGGAUACGGCGCGGUCCUUGUCGUCGUCGACCGCCUCACGAAAAUGGCUCAUUUCACGCCAUGUCGCACGAUAAUCACAGCCAAAGAAACCGCACGUCUGUUCGUCUCGACCGUCGUUCGCCUGCAUGGUAUCCCUGCAGCAAUCAUCAGUGACAGAGAUCCGAAAUUCACCUUGCGCUUUUGGCAAGACACGUGUAACCGAUACGAUACCCGCCUACAGUUCUCAUCCCACGGUCAUACAGAACGGACGAAUCAGACCAUGGAGCAAGCCCAUUAUCACGCAUUUGGGACCUAAAAUACGAUGGGAGAUAAGGAGGACUCUGGUGGAGAUGAUACUUCAGUCCAAGGAGGCAGCUCAACCCAAGAUUCUGGCAUUGCAGCGCAAAGGGGAGCGCAUACAAGCCAGGGGUCACUGCUUAAGGAGGUGCUGAAGAACUUCACCAUUGAGAAGUUCUCUGGAGAUGGCUAUAAUGAUUGGGCAUGGAAGAUGCAGCUCUACUUUCGACAAAUUGGCCUCUUGAAGCUCA